UUAGCCGCGGGACGACGAUGUCUUCUUCCUCGCCCAAGGCAGAGAGGAAGCCGUGGAGCUUGGGGCGCCUGUCCGUCACGUCCAGGAAAGGCAGCAUGAAACCCUCGGCUCUGGAGCUGGCCGAGAACGCCGCCAACGCGCACUACGCGCCUUUCUCGCUUUCCGCACCCGCGGGGGGGACGCCCGGCGGCACCGGCUGCGCGCCUCAGCAGCGUUCGCGGUACGUCGAGGGGCCCGAAGCCACGGUGGCCACCAGCGGCGGCGGCGGCGGCGGGGGAGGCGGCGACUACCCUCGCCCUCCGGUCAGCUUCGACCCGCGCGUCUCCAUCUACAGCGUCCGCAGACCUCUGCUGAGCCGCAGCCACAUCCAAGGCAGGGUCUACAACUUCCUGGAGAGACCCACCGGCUGGAAGUGCUUCGUCUAUCACUUCACUGUUUUCCUCAUAGUGCUGGUCUGCCUUAUAUUCAGUGUGCUUUCCACGAUUGAUCAGUAUGCAGCUCUUGCCACAGGAACAUUAUUUUGGAUGGAAAUUGUAUUAGUGGUAUUUUUUGGAACCGAGUAUGUAGUUCGAUUGUGGUCUUCAGGAUGCCGCAGUAAAUAUGUUGGCUUCUGGGGAAGACUUCGUUUUGCUAGGAAACCCAUUUCUAUCAUUGAUCUAAUUGUAGUUGUUGCUUCGAUGAUCGUGCUUUGUGUGGGUUCUAAAGGCCAGGUUUUCGCAACCUCUGCUAUCAGAGGCAUCCGAUUUCUGCAGAUCCUGCGAAUGCUUCAUGUGGAUCGUCAGGGUGGCACAUGGAGAUUGCUGGGGUCAGUAGUUUUCAUACACAGACAGGAAUUGAUAACCACUCUGUACAUUGGAUUUCUAGGCCUGAUUUUUUCUUCUUAUUUUGUGUACUUGGCUGAAAAAGAUGCUGUGAAUGAUUCGGGCGAACAUGAAUUUAGCAGCUAUGCAGAUGCCCUUUGGUGGGGAGUAGUGACUGUAACAACCAUUGGUUAUGGUGACAAAGUGCCUCAGACGUGGAUAGGGAAAACCAUUGCGUCUUGCUUUUCUGUGUUUGCAAUUUCAUUUUUUGCCUUGCCUGCGGGUAUUCUUGGUUCUGGAUUUGCCUUGAAGGUACAGCAGAAACAACGACAGAAGCACUUCAAUCGGCAAAUUCCAGCAGCUGCUUCUCUCAUUCAGACUGCCUGGAGGUGCUAUGCAUCAGAAAACCCAGACUCUUCUACAUGGAAAAUAUAUAUUAAAAAACCGUCCAAUUAUCACUUGAUGUCUCCUAGUCCCAAGCCAAAGAAAUUGCGAUGGUGGUCGGUCCCCCCCCAAAAUUCCACAGCGAUCAUCAAAGGGACAUGCCAGGGCGAAGCGUCUUCUUCCUGGCCCAUUCCUUUGACCGAUUGGCAGGGGGCCUUCCAGGAAGCUCUCUGGCAAUCACCGCCAGGGACACACCAGUGCAAAGCAUCUUGGCCUCAGCGAGUCCCUUUCACAAAGAAGAAAGUCAAGACAGAAAAAGACAAUGGACCUUCUUCUCCUGACAAAAUGUUAUCUGUUCCACAAAUCACAUUUGACCAUGUGAUGGAAGAUCGGAAAUCUGAUCUGUUUUUCGUCUCUCAAAACUCUUACAGUGGUACAGGACAAAAAGGAAUGUUUAAAUUUCUUGUCCGACAGCAUUCCUGGUCAUCCUUUUCUACAGAGCAGCCAUCUCCCAGUUCUCCCCCUUCUCCAGUGAAAAGAAACUCUCCAUUUUUAGAUGCAAACACAGGACCAUUCAUUAGGACUAACAGCUUUGCUGAUGAACUCGACCUGGAAGGUGAAACACUGCUGACCCCAAUAACUCACAUCUCACACCUGCGAGAACAUCACCGUUCUGCCAUUAAGGUGAUACGUCGGAUGCAAUAUUUUGUGGCAAAGAAGAAAUUUCAGCAAGCUAGAAAGCCAUAUGAUGUACGUGACGUUAUAGAACAAUACUCUCAGGGACAUCUCAACUUAAUGGUGCGAAUAAAAGAGCUUCAGAGAAGGUUGGACCAAUCUAUAGGGAAGCCAUCACUGUUUAUUUCUGUCUCAGAAAAAAACAAAGACCGAGGGACUAAUACAAUUGGUUCCCGGCUGAACAGAGUUGAAGACAAGGUAGUUCAAAUGGAUCAGAAGCUGAACCUCAUCACAGACCUGCUGCAGCACCUGGUUUCCAUCCAGCAAGGAACCCAGGGCAGCAACAAAUCAUCUCACAGGCAUGAUGUUAACGCCGAGCUCUUCCUCUCCAGCAACACCCUACCUACCUAUGAACAACUGACAGUUCCAAGGAGAAUCCAGGAUGACGUCUCCUGAUGUAACAAGCAGCCCUUUUAAUUGACACUGAAUGUUGUGAAUCUUGAUGGGGGUUGGGGGGAAAUUAAAGCUCAUAUAAUCAGCCAUACAAGAAUUAAACAGGUCUAUUGAACUAACACUACUAACCUCAGAUGCAUUCUUCCAAAGGCAAUUAUAUGGACAACCACAAAACCUUAAAACUCCACACUGUGUUGAUUUUCAACAUGGUACUUUCAUAAGUCCUGUUUUUAUUCCCUGUGUGAAUAAACUCUCCUACUGUAAUUUGUCGCUACACUGAAAGACCAAAAAAAGCUAACACAGGCAAAAUGUCAACUGCUUUAUGUGCUUUCUUUAUUAAGCACUGUUGCUGCUGUAAGAAAGUUUCUGAAGUCCUGCACAAACACCCUUGAAAUAGUUUGAAAACUCCACAGCAGCUAUGCUUGGUGGAUGGCACCCUAUGGCUCUUCAAUAAUGAUGAUACUUGAACAUAGAUGGUCAUCUGUGUAUUCUGUUUAUGACUCUGCUGAUAGCAAUAUCAUUUUACUAGUUAGAUUUUAAAGGAAAAUAAAUAUGUGGGUUGUACCAUAUAAACAUACUACUGUUGUUCUAAAUAAUGGCAAAAGCAUGCAUUGAGUGAUUUCCUGCCCAUUUUCAUUUUUAGCCUGUUACAUAAGAUAAUGACUAUAAUUUUUUUUAACCAAAAAAACCACCUUUUUCUUCAGGGAAGAACUAGUGCUUUAAGCCUAGUACAGUAAUGUAUGUAAAGAAAAGCAAUGUCUAUUUUAUUAAGAUACAGUGAUUUCAUGGGGAUGCAGAAAUAUUGCAUUGUUGUCGUUGAAUCAUACUUUGCUGCCAAAGAAUUUAUAUGUAGUAUUUAUCAUAACCAUCUGAGUGUGUUUGUCCUCAAUGAGCUUUUGGAAUUUAUUGCUUUUUAUAUUGAUGUGGGUCUAGUCUGUUUCUCAAUGUACUGUAACUAAGCACAGGUCUAGAGUAACUGGAUCUUGUCGAUAAAGGGCUUGAAAUGGCAAGUUGGGGGAAAUACCGAAAGCAGCUUUGGACGUUAUGGAAAUGCACUACCAGCCAAGUUUCCAGUCACUUCUAUGUUAGCUGGUACGCUCCUCCAUAAUACCCGAAAGGGAGGAGUGUGCAUGUCCUGCUAAUGCUAGGAUGCACUUACUCUUCGGCCUGUCUGGCUGUAACAAAGAGGCACUGCUAGCUAGAUGUGGAAGUGCCUGGCAGUGCACCUCUAUAAUGCCUGAAACUUCUGUAUGUACCAGAGAACUGGGAGGAGCAGGAGCCACUCAUCCUUCUGCAAGCCCUUCUUAUUCAGGAAAAGAAUAUAUGCUCUGCAUAUGCAACAGAUCAGUAUCAGUGUCACAGAUACGAUGUCCGUGCUGUCUCACCUCAUUGCAGACAUAGCGCUUUUCAGUGGAGUUGGUUCACAUGUGUGGUGAGUCAUCAGGUGCUGAGCAAGCAAAAAAUGUAUGUGCAAAACUCAACCGGCCUCCAAAGGGAACUAGAGAAAGAAAGUGGGUUUGAUGGAAUUUGAAGACCGCCCCCCCCCCAAGUAUGUGAAUUGACAGUGAAUUCUACAAAUUCACUGUAGAAAAUUUCUACAGCUACUUCUGCUUUAAUGAGCACAAUUGUAGGCUUGUACAUUCUGCAGCAAGGAAUAAAAAUUUCCCUGGCAUAGAAUUUCAAUUCUAUUUCUGUGGCCCUGAGUAAGGUACUUAAAUAUAUGGUACAACACCAGGGUGAUCAAGCCAAGCAAGCUGCAGCUGAGACCACAGGGAUUCUGGGAUAUUCCUGACAAUCUAGAUAGAAAAUGGAAGGCAGGCACUGCUAUUCAUUCCACAUAGUUGUGGUAUUUUUAGGGGAAGGACUGAGUAUGAAAGAGCUCUCCUCCAACCUUGGCUAUGAUUCUGCUAUGCUUUUGUGAGCGUAGCAUGCAUGCCCACAUCUCAAGAAAAAGAUUGUGUACAAUCAGCCAGAAAAUCAUGCAAGGGGAAGUUAUUUGUCCUGGUCCAUUGACAGUUUCUUAGUCUUCUGUUGAUGACCUCCUGGGCCACUAUCAGAUUAAGUGAAUGACCAACACUUAGAUGCCCACUUUUGUAUGGAGACCUGAGGAUGCUAAGGUUCUGGCUUUUGGCACCCAGGUGACAGGCAUAUCAACUUAAGUGAGGGACAGACCGCACACAUGCCAGUGGUCUCAAAAUCAAGCAGCACGAAGGCUGUGGCAUAACACCUGUCCUCACCAAACAGCAUUCUUUCCAUGGGUGCGGUAAUGAAAUGAAUGAACACUUUGUUCUCUGAGAGCUGCCUUGCACAUCAUAUUUUAGCAGAUAGCUGGAGUUUGUGUCCACCAAAAACAGUGCUUGAAUGACUCCAGUAUCUGUAGGGCAACCUGUGGCCCUCCAAAUGUUGCUUGAUUCGAACAGCUACCGUCUCUGACCACUGGCAUGCUGGCUGGCAUGGAUGAGUCCAACAACAUCUGGAGGGCCACAGGUAGCCUACCUCUUUAUGCUAAGAGUUACUGCUGCUUCAAAUGUCACAGGUUUUCUUAUAUAUGCAGCAGCACUGUAGUCUAUCAAGGAAAUUCUAUACCAGGCAUAGGCAAACUUGACCCUCCAGAUGUUUUGGGACUACAACUCCCAUCAUCCCUAGCUAACAGGACCAGUGGUCAAGGAUGA